AUAUUCGCGUCUUUUCCUCAUGCCGUUCGCACCCGAUGCGUUUUUUUUUAAAUCAUUGCUGAAUUUGAUAUUAAAUGGCUGAAAUCAAGCUAGCGAAUGCUAACCUUACUAGCAGCUGCAAGAGGUUGAACGCUGAAAUUCAGUCUUUAGUGCAUAUUUAUGAUUUGUCGAGAAGUAAAACAUGAGCGAGGUUUGCUAUACAUGUUUGAACUUAGGAAUGUCACGUACAGAUGUACAAUCAAUGGUACAGUCAGUGAUGAUAUCAGAUGUUUUCAGUUUUUAACAGAAGCUGUGAUGUUGUGUAUGUGAUGAAGAUGUCCAGCACUGAAUAAACUCUCAGCCUGAUUCCGGUCAUGGAGUUCCGCUUUGGGAAUGUGGUAUUCAGUUCCAGCUUUGAUUCUGGAAAUCUUGCCCGUGUGGAGAGAGUGGAUCAUUCAGAGACGGAUGGCAGCAGACAGACCAAUGCUUCAGUGCAGACACAACCUGACUAUGAGUUCAACGUCUGGACCAAACCGGACUGUGCGGACACAGAGUUUGAAAACGGCAAUCGGUCAUGGUUUUAUUUCAGUGUGCGAGGUUUGUUGCCGGGGAAACUGCUGAAGAUUAAUGUGAUGAAUAUGAAUAAGCAGAGUAAACUGUACACUCAGGGGAUGACACCGCUCGUCCGCUCAGUGCCUGUUAAACCACGCUGGGAGAGGAUUCGGGAAAAACCCACGUUUGAGAUGUCAGACAGUCAGUUCAUCUUGUCUUUUGUUCAUCGUCUACUGGACGUUCGAGGGGUCAACACAUAUUUCGCCUUCUGUUACCCGUUCUCAUACACAGAGUGUCAGGAUAUGAUGCUUCAGCUAGACCAGAAGUUUCUGAGCAGCACACACACACUGGGACCCUGCAGUAGUCCAGUAGACAGUAUUUACUACCACAGAGAGAUCUUGUGUUAUUCUCUGGAUGGAAACAGAGUCGAUCUCAUCACAGUGUCGUCCUGUCACGGCCUGAUGGAGGAGAGAGAACCGCGGUUGGACAGACUGUUUCCGGACCUCAGCACCCCACGACCUCAUCGGUUUACCGGCAAACGGGUGUUUGUUCUGAGCAGUAGGGUUCAUCCGGGCGAGACGCCAUCCAGUUUUGUUUUCAAUGGAUUCCUGAACUUCAUCACGAGUCAGGAUGACCCACGUGCACAGACGCUUCGCAGGAUGUUCGUCUUCAAACUCAUUCCCAUGCUGAACCCUGACGGGGUCAUCAGGGGUCACUACAGGACGGACUCACGAGGCGUGAAUCUAAACAGACAGUAUGUAAAUCCCAGCCCAGAUCUGCACCCCUCCAUUUAUGGUGCCAAAGCUCUCCUGCUCUACCACCACGUACACAAUCGCCUAGGCAGCUGCACACCCCCCGCCCUCAAAACGUCCGACCAAUCGAACACCACCCCUCCUCUGACCACGCCCACUGAACUAGAACACAGUCUCAACUUCCGAAAUGAGGCGGAUCGAGGAGAGGGGCCGACGCUGGACCUGUCAGAGAUCCCCAUGCAGUUGGAGGAGAGCUGGGAGAAGGGCGGAGUCAAAAGGGAGGCGGGGUCCUGCGAUGAGAACGAAUCAACGAUGAACAGAGGUGAAGCACCUCCAUUGUUAAACCCUGCCCCUUCUGAACAGGUCCCGCCCCAGGACAGCGGAGUGGCCUAUUACAUAGACCUGCACGGGCACGCCUCCAAAAGAGGAUGCUUCAUGUACGGCAACAACCUGUCGGAUGAGAAUCAGCAGGUGGAGAACAUGUUGUAUCCAAAGCUCAUCUCGCUCAACUGUGCUCAUUUUGACUUCAUGGGCUGUAAUUUCUCAGAGAAGAACAUGUACACACGAGACAAACGUGACGGCCAAUCAAAAGAGGGCAGUGGACGGGUGGCCAUUCACAAAACCAUCGGCCUGGUGCACAGUUACACGCUGGAGUGCAAUUAUAACACGGGCCGCUCGGUCAACACCAUCCCACCCGCCUGUCACGACAACGGGCGAGCCACGCCCCCUCCGCCGCCAACCUUUCCUCCGAAAUACACACCUGAGGUGUACGAACAGGUCGGGCGAGCUGUCGCGAUAGCAGCGCUGGAUAUGGCGCAGUGUAACCCGUGGCCGCGGUUGGUUUUGUCUGAGCACAGCAGUCUGAUGAACCUGCGGGCAUCCAUCCUUAAACACGUGAGGAACAGCAAGGGCCUCGCCGCCUGCAACCGCAAAAACAGCAACACCAAGACCGCCAGUCCACCUAAACCAGCUUUGAGCAGCUCGGCUUCAGAAAACUCCCUGAACCGCUCGCGCUGUAACGCGGUGGGAAACAGACAGACGUCUCCGCAGCUCAAAAGCUCGCCGAGCUUCACGUUCGGCUGCAGCGGGCCCAGCACGCAGAGGACCCCUCACAGGACCUUAGGGCCCGUCAAAGAUGUGUUGUGUUUGUGCUCUGCUAUAGAGUGUAAAACUCAAGAAAAGAAACGUCCACAUCACCAGAACCAGCGGCUUUCCCUCUGCCAGCCGCCUCCUACUCGCCUCCCUCUCUCACCUUCAUCCUCUUCCUCCUCCCCGUCCUCCUCUUCCUCAGGAGGUGUGGUCAGAGUCCCGGGUCCGUGCUCCAUUAGUGUGUCAGGCAACAGCUUCCACGAGACCCGCCCUCUCGAUCACAGUAAAGACUUUCCUCUGCGGGGUGGGCGGGACAUCAGGACUGGCAGAUCAGGGCCCACCCAAUCUCAAAAGUUUCAACAAAGAAAACCAAUCACAGCACAGGAACAUCAUCAGGAGUCUUUGGACCUCAUGAGGACUUCUAUAGAAUAUAGCAGAUGUGAGCUAAAGCCACGGCCCAGUCGAAUUCCAGUACGGAGCGCAGUCCCACCUCUCCCUGGUGGUCUGGAGACACCCGCACUGAAGGUGUGGAAACUAAUCAAACCCGGCAUCAAAAAGCACUGGCCAGGUGUGUCUGGGAAAGACGGUUCUUCUCUGCGUCUGGCCAACAAAGUUCUGCUGAAGAGUAAAGAUCAGAGAUCUGUAGACCUCACUUAAACAAAAAGACAAAA